AGGGUGCCCACGGAGCUGCAGCUGACCUACGAGUCUUCCUUACCAACAUUAUGCUCCAGCUCCUGCUUGGAUUUACUCUUGGCAAUGUGGUGGGAAUGUAUCUGGCUCAGAACUAUGACAUACCAAACCUGGCUAAAAAACUUGAAGAAAUUAAAAAGGACGUGGAUGCCAAGAAGAAACCCCCUAGUUCAUGAGGCCAACUCCAGCACUGCCUCCUGGAUAAACUGAUUCUACUGUUCUUGAGGGCCUCCUUUACCAUCUGAACCAAAAGCUUUUGUUUUCAUCUCCAGCCUCAGCAAUUUUCUUCUUUGCUAGACCCUGCAUUGCCUUACAGCACAAAUGGGGCCACAAGUUAAGAACAGCCCUUACUUUUCCAACAUCCUCACUUCUUCCCUUCCUCCUUCCAGCCACUUGGGAGGUCCUGAGAAUGGAAUUAUGGUGCUAGAUUAGUAAACAUGACCUUUAAUUAGUAGUCUCUCCCUUAUUCUUUGGGAUUUCUACUACCGUUUUCAAAAGAAAAAUUGAUGAGUUUUGUAUAGCUGAUGAGAUAUAAAUAAUGCUGAUUUCACAGUCUAGAAAUUAUAUUGGGUGUUUAAACCUUUGGUACUAAAUUAUGUUGUUUCAAAGUAGUAAUUAAAAUGAAAAUCUAGAAGCCA